CACUGUCCGGGCAAGGUGCGAGGUGAGCCACGGGAGGUUUUAUGACGGCCAGGGACACACUUAUUUUUCCAUCUUUGCUAACUCGAAAGAACCUGUGAGGCACAUGCAACUUUAGCAAGUCGCAGGCUAACAUCUUCACAUCACGCUGCUGCAUUUACAGCAAUGCCUUCAUCGCUCAGGGGAUGGGUGCUGAUGUUUGUGUUGAGUACGUCCGUCAAGGAGAACAUUCCGAAUGCAGUCAGUACCACACAGCUUCUUCCUUCUGCGCACUCUGCCGGCGCAUGGAGUAACCAUGAAGACAACUGUGAAGAUUCAAGCUGUGUGACGUGUAAACGGGGAUUUUAUGGACAAGGCAGCUGCAACAUGACCUGUAACCAGCACUGCCUGCUGGGAUAUUGUACCUCCUCCACUGGGGCCUGUAAAUACGGGUGUGUGGACACGACCAACUAUUCGCUAACUUCGCCCUGGUAUGGCCCAUCGUGCAGUGAGAGUUGUAUCAGUAAUUGCUCCCCAGGUAGAUGUUUCAGGGAUGGGACCUGUUACCUUGGCUGCAAGAACGGCACCUUUGGAGAGAAGUGUGAAGAUGCUUGCCCAAAGAAUUGUAAUCAGAAGUGUAAGAAGAUUAGUGGAGAAUGUGACGAUGGAUGUAAAUCUGGGUUCUAUGGGAAGUACUGUGACCGGUCUUGUUCUGUGAACUGUCUUGGCGGGAGAUGUCACCAGAACGGAAAGUGUUACAACUGCACCGAGGGAUUUCAAGGUGACACCUGUAACGAAACGUGUCCCAAACAGUGCGCGAGCUGUCUGCAACAUGUAGACAAUUGCACUGGGUGUAAAGACGGACGAUACGGACAGAAGUGUAUUGUUUGUGACAACUGCAAAGGUAAAUGUAGGUUUAAUGACGGUAGAUGUACAGAUGGCUGUAAAGAAGGUUACUAUGGUCAUCAUUGCAAUGUCUCGUGCAACAAUGGCUGUCAAUCAUCUGUAUGUGACCAAUCAACCGGUGAGUGUUCACUGGGCUGUACUCCCACGAUGUAUGGAAAGUCAUGCGACCAAAUCUGUAGCAGGAACUGCAUGGAAGGCCAAUGUCAUAACCGAUCUGGAAUAGAAUGUUCCAUUGGAUGUCGUGCUGGCUUCUGGGGGAAGUAUUGUGAACGACCCUGUGGUGGAGCCUGUCCCAGAUGUAACAGAUCGUCAGGAUCAUGCAUGGACUGUACUAAGGGCACUUAUGGACGCCACUGCGAGAGAAACUGUAGCGUGAAUUGUUUAGAGAGAAAAUGCAAUAUUACCGGAACAUGUGUGUUUGGCUGCAGAUCAAGUUUCCAUGGUAACAACUGUUCCUUUAGAUGUUCAAAACAUUGCAGUACAUGUGACCAGAAGAGUGGGACCUGCUCCAAAUGUGUCACUGGUUGGACCGGGGAGCAGUGUGAAGGUUCAACUAAGACGGUUGUGUUUUAUGCACUGAUGUCCCUCCUUCUGGUGUCGGUUGUGUUUACUAUCAUUCUUCUUGCUGUGAAGUGCAGGACGCCUCGAGGACAAGAAAAGAGCAACAAAGGUUGUUGCCGAUGUUGUAAGAAUACCAAACCAACAAAUUAUUCUUUUGAUAUAACACCCAGACAAGCAUCAUACGCAUAUGAAGAGUCAGAGCCCAUCAAUACAGGGGAUGAGGAAAUAGCUCUGUAUCUGACUGGAGCUGGAGAUAACGGUACUUCUGAUGUAGGACCACAGUGUAAUGAUAUCUGUGGAAGAGUGUCCUCUGCUACAACAUCAACGGACCUGGACAGGUCUUCUGCUGCACGCAUAUCGUCAUCCAUUGUGAAUAUUCGGGAAGACAAAUCCAACCAAACACAAUUUGACUGCCAAUCGUUCAGUGACUAUGUGCUCGGAUUGAAACGACAAAGUGGAUUUUACAAACAGUUCAAAGGGCUGCCGGCUGGGGAGCUUGCCGUAUGUUGGGAGAGCAAGACAACAACGAACCUCCCUAAGAACAGAUACGUGAACAUACUUCCCUAUGAUCAUUCGCGCGUGAAGCUGCAAACUGGGGACUGUGAGAGAGGGAAGGACUACAUCAACGCCAGUUUCAUAAAUGGCUAUGGAAAACGGCGUUUCUUCAUUGCUUCCCAAGGACCAUUGUUGGAUACAAAACCAGAUUUUUGGAACAUGGUACUCCAAGCUGGGGCUAGUACCGUCGUCAUGUUGACAAACUUCCAUGAAAACGGCAGGGUGAUGUGUAGUCAGUACUGGCCAGAUCUUGAGUGUUUUGACCAAUAUGACGACUUGCGUGUCAAGAAUGACAAGGAAGUGACAAGAGCGGACUACACUGUCAGGACAUUUUCCAUAUCGAAGCAUGGCAAGGACCCCAACAUGUUGACCCACUACCAGUACACAGCUUGGCCUGACUACGGCCAACCAGUGGACACACAGUCUCUCCUCAACUUCUACACGGAGGUGAAGGUGGCGCAUUGUGCUGGGUCCGUCGUUGUGCACUGCAGUACCGGAGUCGGGAGAACGGGGACCUUCAUUGCUCUGGACUAUUUGCUGGACCAGGCCUCAGCGGAGGGUGUUGUUGACGUUUUCGAGUGUGUAAAGAAACUUAGAUACCAGCGUAUGAAUAUGAUUCACCACCAGGGUGAGUAUGAGCUACUGCACGACGUGUUGGCGCUGGCUUUACAGUCAAUGAGUCCUGAACUGAGGUCAACUGAAGAUAACCCAAGGUGUCAAGAUGUCACAUGUGAUGCGUCACACAUCCUGUUUUCAACGCACAAUCCUCAGUGUUGUAUCAGUACCCUAAAGUACAGCCUUGUAUCAGUGCCUCACACUCCAGCCUUGUAUCAAUGCCUCACAGUGCAGGAGCCUGCAGAACGAUACAGAAUGUCCUCUAGGCAGCAGUUUGGGAUGGUGCUGGUUCUUAUCCUGUACUUCAAGGAGGAUCUCAUCAUGGUAAUCGGUACCGAAAAGCUUCUUCCUUCUACCGCCGGCACAUGGAGUAACCAUGAAGACAACUGUGAAAAUUCAAGUUGUGUGACGUGUAAACGGGGGUUUUAUGGAGAAGGCAGCUGCAACAUGACCUGUAACCAGCACUGCAUGAUGGGAUAUUGUAACUACUCUACUGGGACCUGUAAAUACGGGUGUGUGAACACAAGUAACUAUUUUCAAGCUUCGCCCUGGUAUGGCCCAUCGUGCAGUGAGAGUUGUAUCAGUAAUUGCUCCCUAGGUAGAUGUUUCAAGGAUGGGACCUGUUACCUUGGCUGCAAGAACGGCACCUUUGGAGAGAAGUGUGAAGAUGCUUGCCCAAAGAAUUGUAAUCAGAAGUGUAAGACGAUUAGUGGAGAAUGUGACGAUGGAUGUAAAUCUGGGUUCUAUGGGAAGUACUGUGACCGGUCUUGUUCUGUGAACUGUCUUGACGGGAGAUGUCACCAGAACGGAAAGUGUUACAACUGCACCGUGGGAUUUCAAGGUAACACCUGUAAGAAAACGUGUCCCAAACAGUGCACGAGCUGUCUACAACAUGUAGACAAUUGCACUGGGUGUAAAGACGGACGAUACGGACAGAAGUGUAUUGUUUGUGACAACUGCAAAGGUAAAUGUAGGUUUAAUGACGGUAGAUGUAUAGAUGGCUGUAAAGAAGGAUACUAUGGUGAUCAUUGCAAUGUCUCGUGCAAUAGUGGCUGUCAAUCAUCUGUAUGUGACCAAUCAACCGGUAAAUGUUCAUUGGGCUGUACUCCCACGAUGUAUGGAAGGUCAUGUGACCAAACCUGUAGCAGGAACUGUAUGGAAGGCCAAUGUCAUAACCGAUCUGGAAUAAAAUGUUCCAUCGGAUGUAGCGCUGGCUUCUGGGGGAAGUAUUGUGAACGCCCCUGUGGUGGAGCCUGUCUCAGAUGUAACAGAUCGUCGGGAUCAUGCAUGGACUGUACAAAGGGCACUUAUGGACGGCAUUGCGAGAGAAACUGUAGCGUGAAUUGUUUAGAGAGAAAAUGCAAUAUAUCCGGUACAUGUGUGUCUGGCUGCAUAUCAAGUUACCAUGGUAACAACUGUUCCUUUAGAUGUUCAAAACAUUGCAGCACGUGUGACCAGAAGAGUGGUACGUGCAACAGGUGUGUUCCGGGCUGGACUGGGGAGAAUUGUAAAGAACCUACCAGAACAGCUGUGUUCCAUACCUUGAUGACCGUACUUGUGAUGGCAGUUGGUUUCCUUGUCUGUUACCUGAUCUACGCGAGUGUUUGCUACAUAACGAGACAAGUAAGGGAGAACGACGAAGGGCAACUCUUGCAGUGCUGUUUGAAAUGGUUAAGCAAAAGAAGAACCUCGGCAGAUUCAUUUGAUCCUAUUAACAAAGAAUUCGGCGUUAAUUCGGAUUUUUAUUACGGAUCAAAAAGACUGACGCUAUACGACGAAAAGAACAACAUCUUACCAUGCUUAACACAGAAAGAAAUCCUCGCUCUAGAUAAAUCCAGUAAUAUGAGAAACAGCGUCAAGCCAUACACACUGAACAAUGACACCAACACAAGCCACCAUCGCCCCUGUGUUACUAACGGCAGGACUGUGUCUCAGUGUCGUCUCGACCAUCAACAACGUAGCAGGGGUCAGCAGAGGGAGCACAUGGUCACCCCCAAAGAGGGACGCGAUAGAAGCAGCACAAGUGAUGGGCGCGAUGUAUCAGACCAGUCAAGAAGCUCCAUCGGAUGUUCCAGAACUGGACAGAACAACUAUGAAGAUGCCAGAUAUGCCAACGUCAACCAUAUACGAAGGAAAGACAGUGAUAAGAGUAUUUCUAUACCGAGAUUCAGCGUAUAUUAUGAUCAUCAACGAGGUGGAUCAGAGACCUUCCGAUCACCUGGAGGAUUGCAGCUAGUUAGAGAUGACUGUAAGAACGAGACAUUUGAGGGUGAAUCAAAGACUCCAGCAUGUGGCGGAAAGGUUGGGAUGGGUUCCCCUAGACUCGAGACAACAGCAGUGGACUGGCGAUAUUUCAUGGAAUACCUACACGGAAUGAGGCUUCAUGAUGGGUUCAUACAGCAGUUUGAAGAACUACCAAAAGGCGAGCUUGCAAUGUGUUUGGACGCUAAGAGGCCCGUCAACCUGUCACAGAACAGAUUCAAGAACAUGCACCCGUACGAUCACUGUCGGGUAAUUCUCCGGAACAGUAACAGGGCUAGUGAUUACAUCAACGCUAGCCACAUUAAUGGAUACGGAAAAUCUGGAUUCUUCAUAGCCACACAAGGACCUCUGCAAGAGACAACAGCGGACUUCUGGAACAUGGUUCUUCAAUACGAGGUCACAGCAAUAAUAAUGUUGACAAACAUUUUUGAAAAUGACAGGUUGAAGUGUGUGAAGUACUGGCCGGAUGUGGGAGCGGCUCGGCAAUAUGGCGGGUGUUGUGUUCAGACAGUCCAGGAGGAGAGCGAGAUGGACUACACGGUCAGGACAUUGUCCAUAGCACAGGGAGGUGGACAUGGACACCAGAUUUGCCAGUACCACUUCACGGCAUGGCCUGACCACGGACUGCCAUACAGUAGCCAUUCUCUUCUGGAUUUCUAUAACCAUACCAAGACAACAUUUGGUGAUGGCCCCAUAAUUGUUCACUGCAGUGCAGGCAUUGGUAGAACUGGAACAUUCAUUGCUCUGGACUAUCUGAUCAACCAGGCAAUGGCGGAGGGUGUGGUGGAUGUGUUCCAGUGUGUGAAGAGGCUCAGAUAUCAGCGUAUGAACAUGGUUCAAACUUUGGGGCAGUAUGAUUUUCUACAUGAGGUGUUAGGGCUAGCCUUUCUACAGCUGUCAAUGGACUACCACAAUUGCUGAGUAUCUCACAUAGCAUGAAGUGAAUCAGUGUCUAAACAUGAAGAAGCAGUGUCCUAAACAUGGAAUAAGCAGUGUUGUAAACUUAUGAGCAACAGAACACCAAAUAUGGAAGAAGCAGUGUUCCAAACAUGGAAUAAGCAGUGUCUAAACUUUAAGAAGCAGUGUCCCAAACAUGGAAUAAGCAGUGUCAUAAACGUGAAAGAUACAGUAUCCUAAGUAUGGAAGAAACAGUGUUGUACAUUUAAGAGAAGCAAUGCAUCAAGCAUGGAAGAAGCAGUGUCCCAAGCAUGGAAGAAGCAGUGUCCCAAGCAUGGAAGAAGCAGUGUCCCAAGCAUGGAAGAAGCAGUGUCCCAAACACAGAAGAAGCAGUGUCCCAAACACAGAAGAAGCAGUGUCCCAAACAUGGAAGAAGCAGUGUCCCAAACACAGAAGAAACAGUGUC